CUUUAAUUUGCAAGACCAAAAAAUGUGGUAUAACUGUAGAAGAAUGCAGCUACAGGAUAUUACUAGAUCUAUCUUCACACUCACAUUUCACAUUUCACGUUUCACAUUUCACACUUCACAAUAACAAUUUACAACAACCCCUCUUGGCCUCUUCCCUUUGCUGACUGACUAAAGGGGCAGCCUUUGUUCAACUGACCGAGUCGUUUUAUUCAGAAGCCUUAAAGCUAAAAACACUCUGCCCGUUUGCCCCCUUUUUCAUGAGCUAAGUGUUGCAACUUCACCACAUAGAUACACCACAAGAGGAAAGUAAUUGGAGAACACUGAAACUGGCUAGGGGGUGUAUGAAGUAGAAGUGUCAAAAUGGGAGAUGAAAAUUCCAAGAAAAGCAAGCUCUCAUGGUCAAAGAAAAUGGUCAGGAAGUUCUUCAAUAUCAAAAGUAAAUGUGAAUGUUCCCAAGCAGAUACUGUUGUUUAUGGAGGAGGUGAAGUGGAAUAUGGAAGCAGGAAUAGCUUCUCUGAGAGAGAGCCAUGCACAAUCAAGAAGAGCAAAACAGAGAGGUUUAGCAGGAGCACCAGUCAGGUCAGGCGAGGAAGAAUGAAUCUCGACCAUCCUCGAAUUAUUGAUGUGCAGAACCAUAGCAUUUUCGUAGCUACAUGGAAUGUAGCUGGAAGAUCACCACCAAGUAAUUUGAGUUUAGAUGAUUGGCUUCAUUCCUCACCACCAGCUGAUAUUUAUGUUCUUGGAUUUCAAGAGAUAGUUCCCUUGAAUGCCGGUAAUAUCCUCGGGGCAGAGGACAAUGGCCCUGCGAAAAAAUGGUUAUCUCUCAUCAGAAAGACAUUAAACAAUCUUCCUGGAACAAGUGGAAGUAGUGGAUGUUAUACACCGUCUCCGAUUCCUCAACCAGUUGUAGAGCUGAAUGCAGAUUUUGAAGGAUCGGCUAGGCAGAAGAAUUCGUCUUUCUUCCACAGGCGAUCGUUCCAGACAACUUCUAGUGGUUGGGGAAUGGACAAUGAUCCUUCGGUUCUGCAGCCGCAACUAGACCGAAGAUACAGUGUAUGCGAUCGUGUAAUUUUCGGCCACAGGCCUAGUGACUUUGAUCCUAGUUUAAGAUGGGGUUAUAGGCCUAGUGACUAUUCAAGGGCAAGUGACUACUCAAGACCAAGUGACUAUUCAAGAUGGGGUUCAUCUGAUGAUGAUAAUGGACUUGUGGAUUCGCCAAGUACGGUCUUGUUUUCACCAAUGUCUUAUGGUGGUGGAUCUGCCUCUAAUGAAGAUGGAUAUGGCAUGCCGGGGCAUUCAAGGUACUGCCUUGUUGCGAGUAAGCAAAUGGUGGGAAUCUACCUUACUGUAUGGGUGAAAGGUGAACUGAAAGAUCAUGUUCGGAACAUGAAAGUGUCUUGUGUUGGCAGAGGAUUGAUGGGUUAUCUCGGAAAUAAGGGAUCAAUCUCAAUUAGUAUGUCUGUGCAUGAAACAAGCUUUUGCUUUAUCUGUAGUCAUUUAACCUCAGGACAAAAAGAGGGUGAUGAACUAAGAAGAAAUUCUGAUGUGAUGGAGAUACUUAAAAAGACAAGGUUUCCUCGUGUUCAUGGCGUGGACAAUGAGAAAUCUCCUCAGACAAUUCUUGAGCACGAUCGAAUUAUAUGGCUUGGAGAUUUGAAUUAUCGGAUUGCUCUCUCCUACCGUUCUGCUAAGGCACUUGUUGAGAUGCAAAAUUGGAGAGCAUUGUUAGAAAAUGAUCAAUUGAGAAUAGAGCAAAAAAGAGGCCGCGCAUUUGUAGGAUGGAAUGAAGGGAAGAUAUAUUUUCCUCCAACAUACAAGUAUUCAACUAAUUCAGAUAGAUAUGCGGGCGAUGAUAUGCACCCGAAGGAGAAAAGGAGAACACCUGCUUGGUGUGACCGAAUUUUAUGGUAUGGAGAAGGUCUGCAUCAGUUAUCUUAUGUUCGCGGAGAAUCCAGAUUUUCAGACCACAGACCUGUUUAUGGCAUAUUUUGGGCUGAGGUUGAGUCAACUCAUGGCAAAUUGAAGAAAAGUAUGAGUUGUUCUCGUUCCAGAAUCGAGGUGGAGGAACUUCUGCCGUACUCCGGUGGAUAUACUGAACUAAACUUUUUCUAAAGAAAAGGAAAGACGAAUAAGAGACGUGUCCAUCGAUAUUCAAGAAGUUACUUUGAAUGAAUUCUUUCAUGGAGGGAGAUAGAUAGGGACAACCCAUUUCACAUAUACCGAAAAAGUUUAUAAUCUGUAGAAUUUUGGUCAUGCUUUGCCUAACACAUGAUCACUACAACACAUUAUCUUGCUAGUACUGUCCAUAAUUUGAUACCAUAUAAACAAAUACUCAAGUUUCCACUUUUACAAUCAUUAGGUAGUUGAAGAAGAGGAUUUUUUUAUUCAAGAUUUUUUAAUUGUUUUUGGAGAAUAUUUAUGAUGACUGAAAGAUUGUCAGAAUAAUCAUUUGGACACUAACUUUUUUUUAUUUUAAAAAUGUAAUGUAAAGAGAAUGAGAGUUUUGAUGUAUAGUAAUUGCUGCCACAGUAAUUGAGUAAAGAAACAAAAAAAAAAAAUUGAAGUUCAUGAUAGAUGCCAGAAACUUUCUUGUGCUAUCUGUGCCUGCACGAUAAUUUUUUUACUGAUAAAGUUGGCUUGACAUCAAAAUCAAAUAGUAACACACUACAGUUGCUGAGGUUCUUCUUUAUACUAAUGAAGAAUAGUAGUUGAGUAUUUAACAAACUAUAAGAGGCAUGUAGGUUUGGCGGGAAUAAUUUUUGGAGGCUCUAAUGCAACAGGGCCCUCUUGUUUCAAGAUUCUAUUUACAUGCCUGUCCAUUUCUGUUUA